UUGACAGGAAGGUGCUUUCCCCUUUUGUGUCUUUGAUUUGCAGUUUGGGUUCUGCCAGAGCAGUGAACCGACGUUACAUCAGUGAUUGCGUGCCCCUUAGAAUCCGGAUGCAGGCGUCAGCAGGAUUUGUCAGUGCUAGCGCUCUUGGAAUGGCAUGUGGUCCUGCACUUGCUGGGUUACUCCAAACUAAUUUUAAGAUUUACAAGUUGACCUUCAAUCAAGAUACUUUGCCUGGUUGGCUCAUGGCUUUUGCAUGGUUAAUCUAUUUGAUAUGGCUGUGGAUCUCAUUUAGAGAACCUGCUAAUGAGACAGAAGUGAACAAUGGUCCUCAAGAAUCUAAUAGUGUAGAAAAUGAUGCCCUUGAGAAGGGCGUUACGCAACCGUUGCUCUUAAAAGCGGAAGAGAAUCAACAAGAUGAUGAGAAUGACCAAGAAUAUGAUGGGAGUGAAGAAGCUCCUGAGGAGUCUCGUAAGCCGGCGAACUCUAUAGCAGAAGCAUACAGAUUACUUACUCCUUCUGUGAAGGUUCAAUUACUAAUCUACUUUAUGCUGAAAUAUGCAAUGGAGAUUUUACUUUCAGAAUCCAGUGUCGUUACGUCAUAUUACUUUGGAUGGUCAACGGGAACCGUGGCAAUUUUUCUUGCGUGUCUUGGCCUCACGGUACUUCCGAUAAAUGUUGUUGUUGGGAGCUACAUAAGUAACAUGUUCGAAGACAGGCAAAUUUUGUUGGCAUCUGAAAUCAUGGUUUUUCUUGGUAUACUUGGGAGCUUUCAAGUUGUAAUCUCAUAUUCUGUUCCACAAUAUGUUAUUUCCGGGCUCAUAAUGUUUGUAGCUGCUGAAGUAUUAGAAGGUGUGAAUUUAUCACUCCUCUCUCGAGUCAUGUCAUCCAGGCUUUCUCGUGGAACCUACAAUGGGGGUCUCUUGUCAACAGAAGCUGGCACAAUUGCUCGGGUGAUUGCAGAUGCAACCAUAACUCUUGCUGGGUAUUUGGGACAGAGUAGGCUCUUGAAUGUUACUCUUCUUCCUUCCCUUUUGAUUUGUGUAGCUUCCAUUGUUGCAACCUGUUACACCUACAAUUCUCUUUACUGAGCAGUCUUCUGUAUUUUGAAAACAUUCUCGACUGCAGAAGCAUCAUUGCCCUCAAUUCUUUUCAGGCCUCCUCCCUUUCUGGUUUAAUAAUUGAUUUUGUUUUCUUUAGGUACUUUUGUUUUGCCCCAUGUGUAAUAUUGCUGUAAAUUUUCGGUUAGUAAUUAGUUCAUUGAUUUCUUUAUCUUAA